AUGGAGAAGGAGAAAAUAGAUGAUUUACGUGGAGCUGUUGCUCCUCAAGAGGACUUGCUCUCGCUUUUAAUUAACCCAAAAUGGUCAACUGUUGAAGGACCAAAAACAACUUCCAAGAUAAAGAAACAAGAGUGUGAAGGAAAUGGAAGGUUCUUUAUGUUGGCUGUGAUGGUAGGGGUUGCGACUACAUGA